GAAGACUCUACGUCAGGUCACAUGACAGCGACGACGGAGUGCGCGAGCUGUCUCGUAUCGAAGUACAAAGAUUGUGUCAUUUUACUCGGUUAACAGAGAUGUUGAAACGUGUAACACGUUAAACCUCAGACAGAUCAUUUUUGUAAUCUUUAUUUGAUUUUAUUGUACUGUGCAUUAUCAAACCUGCUGUUUUUUUUGCAUCAAGAUCAGAUGAGAUUUCUGGGUAUCUUCUCUGCAGGCACCACAAGCUCAGCCGCUAUGAGACUCGUCCAGUUCUGCCACAGAGGAGGCGAGGGGGGCGUCAGAGUCGGGGUGGAGCAGGCUGAAGAUCAGGGGGUCAUUGAUCUGAAAGCCUUCGACCCCUCCAUGCCUUCCACUAUGAGACAGUUCCUAGAAAUGGGCCAAAAGGGAAUGGACUGUGCUAAGAGGGCUUUGUCCAGCGGUCAGCAUGUGCUGGCGCGGUCAGAUAUCAGGCUGCUGUCCCCCGUGACCGGCCCAGAGAAGGUGGUGUGUGUUGGUAUGAAUUAUAAAGACCACUGCCUAGAGCAAAAUGCCCCCAUUCCUGAAGAGCCCAUCAUAUUCAGCAAGUUCCCCUCCACCAUCACUGGCCCUUCAGAUGAUAUCCUUCUACCAGAAGAGAGUCAGGAAGUGGAUUGGGAGGUGGAACUUGCCUUUGUGAUUGGACGGAAAGGGAAGCACAUUAAGGAAGACGAGGCCCUUUCCUAUGUUGCAGGUUUCACUGUAGCGAAUGACGUGAGUGCUCGUGAUUGGCAGCUGAAGCGCAAUGGAAAGCAGUGGCUGCUGGGUAAAACAUUUGACACAUUUUGUCCACUCGGGCCAGCACUGGUUACCACUGCAGCACUCAAGGAUGUUCAUAACCUGGGUAUCCGCUGUCUGGUGAAUGGGGCCACAGUUCAGGACAGUAACACCAAUCAAAUGAUCUUUCGGACCGAGAAGCUGGUCGCCUGGGUUUCACAGUUUGUGACUCUUUGUCCUGGUGAUGUGUUUUUGACUGGGACGCCUCCAGGUGUGGGGGUGUUCAGAAAUCCACCUGUGUAUUUAAAGAGGGGAGAUGUUGUGGAGUGUCAGAUUGACGAGAUCGGGUCGAUACGGAACACAGUCGUGUAACACGAAGAUCCUACAUUGAUUGAAGUGCCACUACUGCAUUUAUAAUUAUUUCAUAUCGACAUCAUAAAACAUGGAUUCUUUUUUAACUGAAGAAAAUAAAAGAAACAUUAUGCUCUGGGCCAAUUUGAAAAGAAAAA